UAACCUUUGAGUUCCCACCCGUCGUCGACUCGUCGUCAAAGGCCUCCCUUCCAACUUUCUAACUCCUGCGAGUUCUUCAGAGUCUGUCGCCAGUAAACGCCACUCUAUAAGACGAUCCAUUGCCGACGGAUCCUUCUCCUCCAACUCCUACCCCAAGAUCCAUCAGACUCCAGCGCCGAAACCCUAGGUUCCCGAUCCAUGGCCGUGGCCCCGCCGAGCAGGGAGAGAAUGGAAUCAUCGUGCUCCGACGUGGUGCAAUCCGCCCGCUCCACGCCCUCCCGGGCGGGGAAACCGGAAGGCGACGCCGCCUCGGAGACAUCCUCUGUUUACUCUGGUGAGAACUCUGAGAAGAAGGAAGCUGAUGUGUCGGUGUUCUCGGCUAAAAGCGAGGAGUAUAGGUUGCUGUUCCGUCUUCCUUCGGAUGAGAAAACAAUUCCAUUUCAUGAAGUGACAUGCGUGAGGAAAGCAAAAACUGCUGCAAUUUUUCCUAAUGCCAUAGAAAUUGCUGCUGGUGGGAAGAAGCACUUUUUUGGUUCCUUUUUGUCACGUGAUGAAGCUUAUAAGCUCAUUGUGGAUGGUUGGGCACAACAUGCUUGUGAUGACAGAUUCAUCCUUGAUCCUCAGGACUUGAAAACUGAAACCAGCAUCGAAGACAUUGCAAAUGCAAUUGCAGAGAGAGAAAGAGGUUCUAAACAGUUUUCCGAUGAUUUAUCAUUCUCUUGCAGGGAUACUGAUGUAAAUUUAGAAGAAUGCAGGCAUCAGCCAAAUGGCAAAACGGAUACCAGUUUAUUAGAAAACAAGGUAGAACAAAGUAAUAAUAGAGAAGAAAAUACUGAGAAUAAUUCAGGAUAUUUAUCUUUGCAAUGUGAGGAUGUUGACGCUCCCAAUGUUCCUGAAAAUUUUACAAUUGUUGCCCAGGCAAAGUUUCCGGUUUGUAUGGAGGAGUUUUUUAAUCUUUUCAUCUCUGACCAAGCUUAUAAUUUUGUGGAGUGCUUCCAUAAAAAGUGUGGCGAUAAAGACUUUCAAUGCUCUUCUUGGCGUCGACAUGAACAAUUUGGAUACAUUCGUGAUUUGUCAUUUUUACAUCCGGUCAAGAUAUAUAUUGGGGCAAAAUAUGGGCGUUGUCAGGAAGCUCAGAAAUUCCGUGUUUACAGGAAAAGACAAUUAGUGAUCGAGACGUCACAGCAAGUUGCAGAUGUGCCUUAUGCAGAUUACUUUCUUGUUGAGGGCCUAUGGGAUGUCCAGCAGAAUGGCAGUGAAGAAAAUAGUUGCACCAUUCGCGUGUAUUCAAAAGUUUCUUUUUCAAAGAAAACUAUAUUUAGAGGAAAGAUAGAGCAAUCAACGAAAGAAGAGUGCCGUGAGGUUUAUGGUAUAUGGAUCCAGAAUGCACAUGAACUAUUGAAGCAGAAAGUUGGGAACCAGGAAGGUUCUUUAGAUAUAUAUACAGUUCAGGGUAGUGAUCUCAGAUCACAUAUUUCAGAACUAGAGGAAACAUCCGAAGUGCUUCCUCAAGCUACAUCUGCAGAUAUGCAGCAAACUCUGCAUCAUCCAGAAAAUUUUACUUCACUGAUUGAAAAUGCGGUUCAAGAAAGAUCUAUAUGGUCCCAUUGUGGAUCAUCUAUUAUAAGAGAAGCAUGGGUGGCCUUCAUGUCAUAUCUCAAGCAUGAUAGUCAUCUACCGCUUCUACUAGGUAUUAUAGGAUUGGUUGCAAUGCUGAUCCUAAUGCAGAUGAGUAUUAUUGUACUACUGACUAGGGUACCUGAAGUUCAUCUUGUUACGCAAGGCAGUUCCAUUGAUGAACUUGGAAAUUAUAGAAAAGAGAACGUAGAAUGGAUUGAAAAGCGUUUUAACUACCUAAAAGAAGAAAUGGCUAUGGUCGAAACUAGACUGGAAGUGAUGCGACAUGAACAUGCAAUAUUGAAGAUGCAUCUCCAAAACUUAGAGCGGGUGAAGCACAAAUCAUGAAAGUACUGAACUUUGCAAGCAAGUUUACGAUGCUGCCAUGCUGAUACAAAAUUGCAAUUGUAUAAAUUACAUGUUUUUUAUAACAAGAUAAAAAUGUAAUUAUUUCGACAAUCAAAUAUUUGUUUCCUUUCUGUGAUGAGUAUAAGCUGUAUGGGGAUGUAACAAGAGCUUGAUAUAGGAAACAAUCAUUUUUCCAAGCAAUAUUUCAAUUGUAGGCAUUCGAAAACAAUUGUAUACUGGAUUGCAAGGGCUGCUUAAUCUGCAAUUUUAAGUGAAAUGUGCUGUUAUAUGAAGGUAACA